CCCUGAGAACCCAGCCCCCAGUGCCCCUGCUCCUUGCCCGCCCCUCCCCCAGUAUCCAGCAUCCUUUGGACAGACUCAGCCACUGUCACCGCGGCCACUUCUGCCGUCCCCAACACCGCCACCUCCUCAGGGCCAGCAAGAUGCAGUUUGAGAUGCACGACAACGUGAAAGGCAAAGCCAUGUCCUACCCAGUGACCAGUCAGCCCCAGUGCGCUAGCAGCUGCUACCAGACCCAGCUCAGCGACUGGCACACGGGACUCACGGACUGCUGCAACGACAUGCCCGUCUGUCUGUGCGGCACUUUCGCCCCCCUGUGCCUCGCCUGCCGCAUCUCCGACGACUUCGGGGAGUGCUGUUGCACGCCCUACCUGCCCGGAGGCCUGCACUCCCUGCGCACCGGCAUGCGGGAGCGCUAUCACAUCCAGGGCUCCGUCGGGCACGACUGGGCGGCCCUCACCUUUUGUUUGCCCUGCGCCCUCUGUCAGAUGGCGCGGGAAUUGAAGAUCCGGGAGUAAAGCAGCUCCCCGCGCCUCCUCCUUUUCCACCUGUCACGCCCGGCCCCCUCGGCCCCCUCUGUCGCCUCGUGGGAGGGCCUGCCCCUCCGCCCUAUCCCGCUACCAGAAAUACGCCCACAAUAAAAACCUGAAAACCAA